UUGUAAUAAUAUUGAGGAGAUCAAAAGGCCAAAUGGAACUCAGGCUUGAGAACAUCCAUAGUUUUUCAAAAGCACUUCUCCCACUCGAGCGAUUCCAUGAUGUAGCAGAUUUAAAAUGCUCACCCAAAAUGUUCUCCUUAAUAAUCUCUCGCCAUUUCCCUCUUAUCAUUACAUCUCUUCAACUUCUUCCUCCUUACUUCACAAAUUUUUUUUGUCAAAACCAAAUUUUCCAAUACCAAAUCCCCAUCAAAUCUUUUUACAAUAUCAUGAACACUAUGAAACAAAGAUUUUAUUCUUCAAUGAUACUCUUUCUUCAUCACCAACAACCCCUCAAUCAAAUCUUCCUUCAGUUUCGCAAUCCAAGGGUGGUUGAUGAUCAAGAUGUACUUUUUCAUGGAUUUCCAUUGUCACCUUCAAGAGAGGAAGAUGUAGGGGAAAUUGAUUAUGGAAUCUUUUUCUCAAUUGACUCACUUGUGCUUAGAUUCAUUGCAACAGAGUUAGAUGAUUACGAUGCAUUGGUUACUCUAACGAAUUCAGAAGUCAAAUUCAGUGUUAAUGAUAAGGAGAUAAGUCUUUACAAAGAGGUAGAUGAAUGUAUAAUUGGAGGGGUUGCAGAUGAAGAAGAAAGUCGAUUCUUUGUGUACCUAAAUCCCAAAAUACUUUUUAGAGAUUUGGCAAAUAAAUCAGAAAGGAUAUGGAUGUUCAAGUCUCCUAAUUCCUAUAGUAUAAUUGUUGCUCCUAUUGGAUUGUAUGCCCAAUUUUGUGUCUAUUUUCCCCAACUAGAGGAAAAAUCCAAGAGGCAAAGGAUAUGUUGAUCA